AUGUACGGAAAGAUCAACUCAGUGCUGGCGUUGCUGCUUGCCGGUUCAGCCUUUAUAACUCGAUCCGUUGUGGAAAGUAAGCUCGUAUUUGCUCAUUAUAUGGUCGGGUCUGUGGAUUCGCAAACUACCCACGCGCAGCAAGAUAUCGACGGUGCUAUUAACGUCGGCUUCGACGCCUUCGCCCUGAACGUGGGAAGUCCCGAUGCGGACUGGGCAAAGAACACCAUACAGCAGUUAUUCGACUACGCGGGGGACAAGCCGUUCAAGCUCUUCUUUAGCUUCGAUUUCUACGGCAACGGAGACAUCAACCGGCACCAAGCUCUCUUUAGCCAAUUCAAGGACCACCCCGCUCACCUCAGGUAUAACGACCUACCCGUCGUCUCCUCUUACAGCGGAGGAAACAUCGGCCCCGACGCGUGGAGGAAUUUCAAAAACACCAACAACGUCUAUCUCAUCCCGAACCCGGAGGCUGAUGGGAACUACUACAACAACCCCUCGGCUUUCUUUCAGAGCUGGGGCGACGCUGUCGACGGCGUGUUCAGCUGGGAGACGGCCUGGCCCGAGACUUCGGAAAAGCCGGCCAAUGUGUCUUCGGAGAGGGAUUCGGCGGUCAAGUCGGCCGCAGACGCUGCUGGCAAGGCUUAUGUGAUGGGUCUAUCUUCUCUUCAAUAUAAACACUGCUGCGGAGAUUCCUGGUACCGCGGCGGCGAGACUAACUUGCCCGAGCGUAUGGAGCAGAUCCUAUCCGUCUCUCCCGAAUUCACCGAGGUGAUUACUUGGAACGACGCCGGUGAAAGCCACUACAUCGGCCCGUGCUGGCCCGAGGGCUUAACCGAGGAGAUCCUGCAGUACGGCAACUCGGCCACGACGCCGCACGCCGGCUGGCAGCCGCUCAUCGCCUCCUUCGUCGACGCCUUCAAGGCCGGCGCCACGGACGUCGGCGCCAUGAAGCCGCGCGGCGCAAAUUUCGCGGGCGCCAUGUGGUACCGCGGCGUCCUGACGAGCUGCACCGGGGCCAAGCCGCGCGGCUCCGGCGCCGCCGUCGACGCCGUCAACUACGCCGUCGUCCUCCCGGCGGGCAGCACCGGCCUCCGCGUGCGCGUGUCCAGCGGCGGGCGGGUCCUCGCCACGCAGCCGGUGCGCGGCGGACUGAACUACAACUCGGUCGCGGGCAUGGCGACGGGCGCGCAGAAGAUCGAGCUGGUCGACGGCGGCGGGCGGGUCAUCGCGUCGGCUAGCGGCGCGGUGGACGUGACCAACGAUCCUGCGAACGGGUUCUGCAACUACAACUACUACGUAGCUGGGCUGCAGUGA